UGAGCCCCCACACCCUCCCGCGGUCACCUUCGGUCACCUCCGGUGCCGCCCGCGCGUCCCGGCCCGAGCGGAGCUGGAGCGGGACCUCACCGUGUGGCCCCGGCGGGGACGGGGGUGUCCCGCGGCGGGAGGCUGUAGGGACGACCUUUUAAAUGUUGGAGACCGGGGCGAGGGGUGGCUUCCCGUGCUUUGAAUUCCCGUCGCUGCUAAAGCUACAGCUAACAUUAGAGCUCCUUACACCUUUAAAAUAAACCCGUCGUUUUAAGGAGUUUGCGGUAAAGGGUUGAUGUUAAAAAUGUUGGAAAGACAGCUGCUCUGCCUUCUGGAAUCACAGUUUGCCUGCAUCUAAAAGAAGAUAAAGGAUAAGAGAAAUAUAAAGUUUGCUGGAAUGGGUCUCUCCCUGAGAAGCAAAUACGCUGCCUAACAACAUUGUAGAUGGUUUUGUGAAACCUGGAGCUUCACUUCCUCUUUCUUAAAGACUGAGAGCAUCAUUCUGUACCUUCCUAAACAAAGUGCUUAAGUCACGCAAAAUACAUUAAGAGGGGGUGCAUAUGAUUAGCUGCUGGAAGCAUUUUGAAGUCUCCAGAAUGAGCUUGAUGUUGAGGUUAUUUUUUGCUGGAAUCCUUGUAUGUUGUGCUUGCUCAGCUGGUGAGUCUGUACCCAAGUUGCUUCUUGUGUCCUUUGAUGGCUUCAGAGCUGAUUAUUUGCAAACCUAUGAACUCCCACAUCUCCAGGAAUUCAUUGAGGAUGGUGUGCUUGUAAAGGAAGUCAUGAAUGCUUUUAUCACUAAGACUUUUCCAAACCAUUACACAAUAGUGACAGGCUUGUAUGAGGAAAGCCACGGCAUUGUGGCUAAUGACAUGUACGAUGCAGAUGCCAAGAAAACGUUUUCACAGUUCAACGAUUCAGAUCCCUUCUGGUGGAAUGAGGCAGUUCCAAUUUGGGUGACAAAUCAACAACAGGGAAAGGGAGCAAGUGCUGCUGCAAUGUGGCCCGGUAGUGAUGUAAAAAUCAACAACACGACCCCUCAUUUCUUUAUGAAGUACAACUUCUCAGUGAAGUUUGAGGAGAGAGCGGAGAGAAUUGUCAAAUGGCUGAACAGCUCUGACCCAGUGGUCAAUUUUGCUGUGCUCUACUGGGAAGAACCGGAUGCAAGCGGGCACAAGUACGGCCCAAAUGACACCAAGAGCAUGGGCAGAGUGUUGAAAGAAGUGGAUAAACAUGUCGGUUUCCUUAUGAACAAACUGAAGGCAUCGGGUCUGUGGGACACUGUUAAUGUCAUAAUAACAAGUGACCAUGGAAUGGCCUCGUGUUCUGCAGAGAAGCUCAUUGUCCUGGAUGAAUGCCUCGGGCGCAAUAACUACACCCUGAUAGACAAGACUCCGGUUGCUGCAGUGCUGCCAAGGCAGAACAAAGAAGAUGUGUAUAACUUACUCAAAAAUUGCAGCAGUCAUAUGAAAGUUUAUCUGAAAGAAGAAAUUCCGGACAGAUUCCAUUAUCGCCAUCACAGGAGAAUCCAGCCCAUAAUUCUGGUUGCAGAUGAAGGCUGGACAAUCGUACAGAACGAGUCCCUGUCCAAGUUGGGGGACCACGGCUACGACAACGCCCUGCCCAGCAUGCACCCGUUCCUGGCCGCGCGCGGUCCCGCCUUCCGGCGCGGCUACAGCCACGGCACCCUGGACAACGUGGACAUCUACCCCAUGAUGUGCCACGUCCUGAGACUCGCCCCGCGGCCGCACAACGGCACCUUCGCCAACGCCAAGUGCCUGCUGGCUGACCAGUGGUGCAUCAGCGUCCCCGAGGCCAUUGGGAUCGUCAUCGGGGUUUUCAUGGUCCUGAGCACUUUCACCUGCAUCAUCAUCAUCUCCAAGAACAGACUGGCUCCCUCCCGGCCCUUUGCCCGGCUCCAGUUACAGAGCGAUGACGAUGAUCCUUUGAUUGGAUAGCGCAGAGGGAGCCUCGCCUCGCUUCCUACCUUGUGAUUUCAGGAAAAAAAUUUCAAUUUGCACUGGAUGGCAUUCUUUGUUUGAUGCACUUUAUUUGUGUAAAAUACUGUCAGCCAGACCCUGCUGAUUUGUGUGACCGGUGUCAUGUAUAAUUAUUUUCAUAACCAGUGAACAGGUGGCCUUUUACCGGAAGAAAUGCUUAACAAAAUAAGGAUGCUUAGUUUUUUUCAUUCAAGCCUCUGAACACUUUCAGAAUGGGACUCCAGAGUGUGAUUAGCCAGGAUAGACAAAGUGUAUUUUAAUAUUUGUAAAUUAUAAUUGCUUUUUUGUAUUAAAUUAAUAUUGAUUACUUUUAGUGUUCUUGCUCCUGUGUUGGAAAGAAAAACUUUAUUGAGAGUUAGGAGACAGUUUUGUUUUGAGAGUGUGCCCUUAUAUUCAGGGAAAAAAGAUCCAAGACUUUUGCUUCUACCCUAAGUCAGUAAUGUGACAAGAAGUUUCUGAGAAAAAAAAUAGAAGUCAGUGGUGAAAGAACUGGUGCAUAUCUCUUCUAUUUUAAGCAAUAAACUAUGUGGUUCAGCAUUUACAAGCCUGGGCAGGUGGCUCUGACAUUUCUGGAUACGUAUCUCUGGAUGACUUAGAUCCACAGGUCCAGUUGGGAUGGCACUACAGGUUUAUCUCAAAAAAAAAAAGUCAGUUUAACCUGGGAGUCUUUGAAAUACCCAGUUCCUUUAGCUGUGGGUGUAAGAUCAUUGCUCCUAAAUCCUGUGGAAAAUUUCUCAGGAGUAAAUUCUGCUGAAGGUGAUAAAGGUUGUUCUGCCCCAAGUACCAGCUCAUAAUUGUCUCUUGCAGGCUGUUGUGCUAAAAAGCAAGAACUGAAAGUUUGAUGUGCAAGUCAUCAAGCAAGGAUUCCAAACUCAUUAUUUUAAACCCUGGAAAUUUAAAGGAAGAAGUCAGCAGAACUUACCUCAAAAAAUAAAUUCUCUGUAAUGUUUGAGGUACAUAGAUGCAAAUUCCUGAUGAAGACCAGAGCUAAUUGUUCUCGUAAUUUAAAGUCUUUCUUUGUUAAUGGUCAUCUAAUAACUUAUUAUAAAAACAAUAGUUUGAGAAAGCCUUCCAUGGUACCUUACCUUUCAGUGAGAUAGUUAUUGCUAACCCAAGUUACCAAGUGCUUUUCCUGCAAGUCUGAUGGUUUUAAAAAGUAAAGUGACAGAGAAACCUGGCAGCAGUGGGGUUUCUUUUUCACAACUUCAAAUUCAUUGCCAUUUGGUGUUGGCUAAAGCCUUUUAGUGACCUGAGAAGGAGGCAGCAGGAACUUUGGAGAGAAGGGGUUACUUUGAACUGCCCACUGGAAAAAACAAACUUGAGCUUUAUAAAUGUGUGGAAGUUUUGGUAAAGUUUGUCUUCCUCUCUAGGGAUUCCAUUGUACUUGAUUAAAAACACAAUCCAAAACCUAA